CGCCCCGCCUCGGCGGUCAGUGGCCCGGAGGGCGGGGCGCGGGCGUGUGCGGGGACCCCCGCCCCGGGGCGCGGCGCGCUCGGGGCUAUUCCGGGAGCGGCGUGGAGGCGGGCGCUGGGCGCGCAUCCUGCCGGGGGAGGAGACGCGCGGCGGCCGAGCGCGAGCCCUUGCGCCCUGGUGCGCGUCCCUCGCCGGCGCCAUGGACCGAGGCCGGGUGCUGGAGCAGUUGCUUCCUGAGCUUACUGGCUUGCUUAGUCUCCUGGACCACGAGUACCUCAGUGACAGCGCCCUGGAGAAGAAGAUGGCCGUGGCCUCCAUCCUGCAGAACCUCCAGCCCCUCCCAGCAAAGGAAGUCUCCUACCUGUACGUGAACACGGCAGACCUCCACUCAGGGCCUAGCUUCGUGGAGUCACUCUUUGAAGAAUUUGACUGUGACCUGAGUGACCUUCGGGACAUGCCGGAGGAUGAGGGGGAGCCCGGGAAAGGAGUCGGCCCUGAGCCAGCCAAGAGCCCGCCCUUGAGAGCCGCAGUGGACCUGCCCCCGCCGCUCCCCAACAGGCCCCCGCCUGAGGACUACUACGAGGAGGCUCUUCCCCUGGGUCCUGGCAAGGCCCCUGAGUACAUCAGCUCCCACAAUGGCUGCAGCCCUGCGCACUCCAUCACAGACGGCUACUACGAAGACGCCGACAGCAGCUACCCUGCCACCAGGAUGAACGGGGAGCUAAAAACCUCCUACAAUGACUCUGACGCCAUGAGCAGCUCCUAUGAGUCGUAUGAGGAAGAGGAGGAAGAAGGGAAGGGGCCACCUCCCCUGCACCAGUGGCCCUCCGAGGAGUCCUCCAUGCACCUGGUGAGGGACAGCAGGAUAUGCGCCUUCCUGCUACGGAAAAAGCGCUUUGGACAGUGGGCCAAGCAGCUGACCGUCAUCAAGGAAGACCAGCUCCUGUGUUAUAAAAGUUCCAAGGACCGGCAGCCGCACCUCCGGCUGGCUCUGGAGACCUGCAGUGUCGUCUACGUGCCCAAGGACAGCCGCCACAAGAGACACGAGCUGCGUUUCUCCCAGGGUGCCACCGAGGUGUUGGUGCUGGCGCUGCAGAGCCGGGAGCAGGCGAAGGAGUGGUUGAAGGCCAUCCGGGAGGUGAGCAAGUCUGCAGGGGGAGCAGAAGGGUUGGAGGUGCCCACAUCCCCGGCCCUCCAGUGCAAGCUGGACCUGGACAAGAGGCUGUCCCAAGAGAAGCAGACCUCAGACUCCGACAGCCUGGGAAUGGGUGACAGCUGUUCCACUCUUGGCCGUGAACAUGGCAAAGGGAAGAAGAGCAGCCUGGCAGAGCUGAAGGGCUCCAUGAGCAGGGCUGCAGGCCGCAAGAUCACCCGCAUCAUCAGCUUCUCCAAGAAGAAGGGUCUGGCUGAUGACCUGCAAACGUCUUCCACCGAUGACGAGGUUCCCUGCUGCGGCUACUUGAACGUGCUGGUGAACCACAGCUGGAAGGAACGCUGGUGCCGUCUGAAGUGCAACACCAUGUAUUUCCACAAGGACCGCACCGACCUGCGGACCCACGUGAACACCAUUGCCCUCCGUGGCUGUGAGGUGGCGCCAGGCUUUGGGCCCAGACACCCAUUUGCCUUCCGGAUCCUGCGUAACCGGCAGGAGGUUGCUAUCCUGGAGGCGAGCUGCUCUGAGGACAUGGGCCGCUGGCUGGGGCUGCUGCUGGUGGAGAUGGACUCCAAAGUCACGCCCGAGGCCCUGCACUACGACUACGUGGAUGUGGAGACCCUGACCAGUAUCGUCAGCGCAGGGCGAAACUCUUUCCUAUAUGCAAGAUCCUGCCAGGAUCAGUGGCCUGAGCCCCGCGUCUAUGAUGAUGUUCCUUAUGAGAAGAUGCAGGAUGAGGAGCCGCGGCCGACGGGGGCCCAGGUGAAGCGGCAUGCGUCCUCAUGCAGUGAGAAGGCUCAUCGCGUGGACCCGCAGGUCAAAGUCAAGCGCCAUGCCUCCAGUGCCAAUCAGUACAAGUACGGUAAAAACCGUGCUGAGGAGGAUGCCCGGAGGUACCUGGUAGAAAAAGAGAAGCUGGAGAAAGAGAAAGAGACUCUCCGCACAGAGCUGACGGCACUGCGGCUGGAGAAGAGGGAGGUGAAGGAAGCCAUCCGAAGCAACCCAGGAGAAAAACAGUUGGCUCUCGAAGAGACCCUGGCCACCCUCGAAGCCCAGUGUCGGGCAAAGGAGGAACGACGGAUUGACCUGGAGCUGCGGCUGGUGGCCGUGAAGGAGCGCUUGCAGCAGUCCCUGGCAGGGGGCCCAGCCCUGGGGCUCUCCGUGGGCAGCAAGAACAAGAGUGGGGACACGUCAAAUAAGCCGCCAAACAACACGGCAGAGCAACCACUGCCUGUCAACUGUGUUUCUGAGCUGCGGAAGAGGAGUCCGUCCAUCAUAAACUCCAACCAAGGAAGGGUGCUACAAAAAGCUAAGGAAUGGGAAAUGAAGAAAACCUAGAGAAGAUGAGGAUUUCACACAAAAGAAACAUCAGUUUGACCACGCAAGGCAGAAAUUUUUCUGCUUUUUUCACAAGGAGACAUCCGAAUGCUAGAUGUGGACCUUACUCUCUAGGGCACCCAAAAGACCAGCCUUUAUUGUCUGUCUGCAUGAUUAUAGGGGGGUUAGGGGAGGGAAGAAGUAGCAGAGGGAAUUGGAGGGUAUUCUUGUGGCUUUAUGGUGGAUAGAAGUAGGGGUAGAGGGAGAUGAAAUUUGCACAAUUGUAAAGAUUUUGUUAAUACCUUUGCCUUCCAUUCUCAAGAAAUGAAAGUAUAUGUGAUAAGCCUUUCUCUCUCAAUCUCAGAAUCCCAUUCUCCAUCCCUUGGGCAAAGCAAAGCAAAGCAAUGCUGAAGUACUGGAAGUGCAGUGCAGAGAUAUGCCAGCUGGUCUCGUACUGGACAUUACUGACCACCUCUGGGACAAAUAGGCUGAAAAAGCAAGAGAACCAUCCUUGCCUCCAGAGAGUUAAACAAAAGCUAUAGAGAAUAUGCAACAUCUAUAAUAAUCCCUCGUUUUAGAGCUGGGAAAAUGCAGCCACUGGAAUCCCUGAGUUGUGUGAUUUCAAAUCAGAGAUCUGGGUGUGCAUCACGCAAGG